UGUGUUUCCAAAAUGGCGGCAGCGAUGGAUGUGGAUACCCCGAGCGGCACCAACAGCGGCGCGGGCAAGAAGCGCUUUGAAGUGAAAAAGUGGAAUGCAGUAGCCCUCUGGGCCUGGGAUACUGUGGUUGAUAACUGUGCCAUCUGCAGGAACCACAUUAUGGAUCUUUGCAUAGAAUGCCAAGCCAACCAAGCGUCCGCUGCUUCUGAAGAGUGCACCGUGGCAUGGGGCGUCUGUAACCAUGCUUUCCACUUCCACUGCAUCUCUCGCUGGCUCAAAACACGGCAGGUGUGUCUGUUGGACAACAGAGAGUGGGAAUUCCAAAAGUAUGGGCACUAGAAAAAGAAUUCUUCCAUCAAGCUCAACUGUUUUUGUUAUCCACUGAAUGCCUUGCCCUCCUGUUACUUAUUAUAAAUUAGAUAGAACUGUGUCUCUUCUGCUUUGUCUUUUCAGUUUGCUAUUCAGGCAGCCAUACCGUAUUCUGUGUCAAAUAAAAUCCAGUUGGAUUCUAGAACAGA